UAUCUUGUGUCUAGCUGGAAUAUGAAGAGAAGAAGCUGUUUUACACCGAGCUACCCGAGAGAGCAAACUAAGCGUUUAACGGUAACGUGACCGUGUUAGACACGAGAGAAAACAUUUGAAGAUGGACUGUUCUCAAAGAGGACGAGCAUGGGGGAAGCUCCUCAAAGUGGACUCCAGUGAAACUGUCCUGCUUUUCAACAGGGAAUGCACAGUGGGCAGGAAAAAAGGAUGUUAUCUGUCCUUCCCAUCCAACAAACUGGUCUCAGGGGAGCACUGCAAGAUUGUGAAAGAUGAAAGCUCAGGCUCGGUGUGGCUUGAAGACACAAGCACUAAUGGCACAGUGAUCAACAUGUCCAAACUGGUAAAGAAGCAAACUCACAUGCUACAGACCGGCGAUGUCAUCUACUUUGUCUACAGGAAAAGUGAGCCAGAACAAAACAUUGCCUAUGUUUACCACUCAAUCCAAAUGGAGCAUGCUAAUUCAGAACAUAGUUAUGACAUGGAGGGGUCAGCCCACAGUCCGGCCCCUCUUCCACAUUCAGAGAUGUUGCUCUCUGUGGAGCCUGUCAUGCUCACAAAGGCGUCUGUGGAGGAUCCUCAGCCAUCCACUUCCCACUUCAGCAUCGUGAGCCCGACCACGUCUGGUCCCAUGGCAACCACAGCCGCUCCUGCUUUGGACAAGGCUAAAGAUGCUUCCCCAGCACAGGAAAGAGACACGGACAACAUGGAGCCAGAAAGCAAGAAGAGGAAAUCUGAUGACAUUAAAGAUUAUGAUUUGGACUCGCCACAUACCUCCAGAACAGAAGCGGUGUGUUCAACUAAGGGAGGUGUUUCGACUAAACUACAUGUGGAAGUCACUAAGACGGACAAGAUGGAGGAGAGCCUGACAUGUGUUAUUUGUCAAGAUCUGCUGCAUGAUUGUGUCAGCUUGCAGCCUUGCAUGCAUGUCUUCUGUGCCGCCUGCUACUCCGGCUGGAUGGAGCGCUCUUCUCUUUGCCCCACCUGCCGCUGCCCUGUGGAGAAGAUUCGUAAGAACCAUAUCCUCAACAACCUGGUGGAGGCGUACCUCAUCCAGCACCCAGAAAAGUGCCGCAGUGAUGAGGACCUGAAGAGCAUGGAGCGCCGUAACAAGAUAACUCGGGACAUGUUGCAGCCAAAGGUUGAGCGCUCGUUCUCAGACGAGGAGGGCAGUUCAGAUUACCUCUUCGACCUUUCUGACAAUGACAGUGACUCCUCAGACAUUGGUCAGCCUAUGGUGAUGUGCCGGCAGUGUCCUGGCUACAGGAGGGAGGCCAGUCAGAUGCUGUUUGCUUCAGGUUCCAACCACUGGCUCCCUUGUCUGCCAGCCCCACCGCCUACACCUCCUCCACCCAAACCAGCAACGGAGGAGGGGUCCGCAACGCCCCCGGCGGAGCAGCCUUCAACAUCCUCUGCCAUCCCCCCAGCUUGUUCUGCUCCUGUCCUGUCUGCAGCUUCUCAGGAGUACCGCUGCCUCCCCCAGGGCUGCCAUCUCAUCUGCACCUGCUGCCUCCAGCCGAUGCCAGACAGACGGGCCGAGUCCAACAGCGAGCAGGUUAUCGCUCAACGAUGUGUGCAGUGCCAGCGACCCUUCUGUCAUAUGUACUGGGGUUGCCAGAGGAUCGGCUGCCAAGGCUGUCUGGCUCGAUUCAGUGACCUCAAUCUGACGGAUAAAUGCCUGGAUGGGGUGCUGAACAACAAUAACUAUGAAUCGGAGAUCCUCCAGAACUACCUGUCUUCCAGAGGGAAGUCAUGGAGAGAUCUGCUCCAGGAGUCUUUGCAGUCCUUCCAGCAGGGAAACUACUAUCUGUCAGAUUGGCAUAUCUCUUCCAAUGCCAUCCUGUGCUUCUGCUGCGGCCUGCGAGCUUUCAAGGGGUUGGCCUACGAGUACAGACGGAACAUCCCUUCACCUGAACUGCCGGCUGCUGUAACAUCUCGUCCCAAUUGUUACUGGGGACGCAACUGUCGUACGCAGGUGAAGGCGCAUCAUGCAAUGAAAUUCAACCACAUAUGUGAUCAGACGCGUUUCAAGAGCUGAAGGAGCAGAGUGGUUUGUGUCUCCACCUAAACGUCAAAAGAAGAUAACUGAGCAUCUCUUAAGUGUUGUUGUGUCCAUUGUAGCUAAAUGCCUUCCAGAUGCAAUAACUUCAUGCAGAAAUUACAAUCAUUAUCCAUCUACAAUAUUGACCAGUGUCUUACUUGACACAGGGGCUGUGUGAAAUAAUGCUAUGCACAAUAACCUAAAUAUUCAGUGUUUACUAAAGGUUUAAACUGACGGUAAGAGCAUUUAACACCAGCCACCAUUUACAUGCAUUUGUCAGUGGCCCAUGCAUUUGCCUUGUUUACCUGGUAAACGGCAACCAAUGUGAGUGAUUAAUGAGUUAUUUGUUAAGCAUACUUCCUGAUAUGUCCUCCCAGCCUAUAUGACAAAAAGAAUUCGCAGAUUAAGAGCGAGUGAGGCAAUCUGAUAUGGAUUAAGGCCAUUUAUGUACGCUUGCACAUGUUGGUGAGAUAGUUUUGUAUGUUGUCUCCUCCAGCCUUGGUAAUUGAGGCUCUGUACAUUAGCCUUCUUUAAUUGUGAUAUAUUUUAACAGUUUUAUUACAUGUUGAGUUAAGAAUUCAGGGCUUCCCACAUCAUGUUGAAUGACAGUAAUAGUGAUUCUAGUGCUACAUUAUAAAGAGUAAAACUCUCACCUCUGAGGGACCUUUCUUCUUUUCCCAGUGCAUUACUGUGUUCCUAGAACACGUCAAAAAGCCACGACAAAACCCUGCAUACGUACACGGGUAGAUAAUCCCAUGCGAUAUUUGUUGAGGAUUGGGAAGGGGAUCAAUGUGUUGUGACGCUGUCAGAGGGCAAGGGGGACUUUGUUGUAUGCUUUUCUCUGGAUAAUCAUCUCCAAGGUGAUUAAGUUGUAGAGUUAUAGUUGUUUCUCUGACCAUUACAGUAAGGGCUGAGCUGUAAUGAAAUGCACAGUUACUCCAUGUAGACUCUCGAGAGGAAACCAUAGGUUGCACUCCAGGCCAACAGUAAUGGUUACAUAUACAGAAAGGGAUGUAUAGUAGAGUUUCCAGAUGCAAAUUUUCCAGAAUAUGCACUCUUGCAGAAUCAAUAGUUUAGAAAGUCAUGCCCACAAAACAUUUGUGCUUCAUGUACCGAUGUUAUUGCUUACCUUGCCAGGAUUUCAAUAGGUCUAUUGAGAUAGGAGACAUGUCUGUUUGGUUUCUCUGGUUCCUUAGGUACACUUGGCGGACGUUUUUUUUUGUUUUGAUGUCAGGUUAACUAAUUUAAGUGGUUAUAAAAUUCAGUGUCAACAUGUCACUCAACGUUCAUGUUUUAUCUGAUGACUUCUCAUUUUUGACUAUCCCCCCAAGUGUCAGUAAGUCCCCAUCAUGCAAACAUGCACAGCUAGUAUUAAUGUCCACUUUAAGAAAAAUAAAUAGACAUUAGUUUCACUGUUUUGAAAUAUGAGGAUGAAGUAAUAACCGUGAAGAUUUUUUGCAGGAUCUCGAUUGGUGUGUAGAAUGGCAGACUAUAUAACAUGUUAACCGCCGUCUUUAGCCUCGGCCAUCAGUUGGCUUAGAUGAAUACGCACUAAAUGUGCGAUAUCUGCACAUAGCUUGUCAAACAUUUUUUUUUUAAAGUGUGAUCUGUAAUAUUUAGAGUAUCAUUCCAAAAUGUGAUGCCCAUCGGGAAGAAAAAUGCAAUGGAUGAAAAAUAUUUUUUUUAAAUGUAAAGGACAUCCUUGAUAGUUUAAUACAAUUGUGCAUUUUUUGUUAGUAUUAGUAACACUAACCAUGUAAAUAUGGAUACAAUUUGGGUUUUUUAGAAUGUAGUUAUUCAUAUUUUCAUUCAGUGUCUAUGGAAAAAAUGCGAUUGUGAAUGUGCACUUUCCUCGCCUCUGCAAGUUGAGUGCAGUUCAUUGGUGGCGUUAGCAAGGUAUUAAAGUGCGUCUUAUUUUCAAAUGUUUCUACCCACUCCCGUCGUGGUGAGUCCACACUGGCAUUCCUUAGCGGCUCAGCACAAGCCCCGUCAUUCCCCCAACAGAGUGGCUGGGUUUUAAUUAUUCCUACCAGAGAUCUAGGCACCCUAAGCCAACGACAGUCCCAAGCCGCUCCAAUCAGGAAUUGGUAAUAACGAGGUUUUGGAGGAGUGCUCCGCAAUCUCCCUGGUUUGGGGUGUGGGAGGGCAUGUUGUAUAUGGAUAUUGACUCACUUGUUGUGCAGAAGUCUGGACCAGGCUGCUCAGCAGUACGGAAGAGGCAGGUUUCAUUCUACCUCAUCACCACUCCUAGAUGGGAGACUGAACAGGCAUCCGUCACAUCUCAGUGUAAGGGAUGGCAGUCCUUACUGAUGAUGCCUGUACACUUUGUAUGCAAUGCACUAUUUGAACAGUUAGUCUAGAGUUCUUAAAUUCUAGUUUCAAUUGCUAUAGAGAAGCACUAGGCACAUUUUAAAAUGUUGUGGGGACUUGAUUGAGAAGUAUGUAUGAGAGUUUGAUAAAUCCCUCUUUACCCUUUGUUGUAUUAGCGAUGCUAAACUAUUUUUGAAAUGCAUUCAGAUCGGAUUUGCUGAUUUAGAUUCAAAGAUGGAUAUACACGGUUGUAGAAACUGACUUGCUUUUGCCAUGUAAAAAUGUCUUUGUUACUCUUGGAUUGUGUAGCGUCUUUAUCUCUUUAUGCAUGUCUUUGACACUAGACGGUUGCUUCAAUUUUCUACUGACAAUGGAAAGUUUGUUUUCUGUAAACUUAAAGGAUACUUCAGUAUUUUCAUGCUUUGUAGUUUUUCACUUCUUUUUUUUUCAACACCAUGUUUUUGUGUCCAAGUGACUAAUGAGGUCAACAUUUUUCUAAUUGGUCCAGUACUGAGCGAAAACGUACUGCAUCGACUCAAUGCAUGUCCACUAGAAGUUCUGGUUUUUGCCAAUCACUGGCUCAAAUUGUUUGUCUGACAUGGAAAAGACCCUACAGAGAAAUAAAACUUGUCUUAAAUCUU